UUAACAUCUUAAAAGUGCUUUACAGUAACUUUUUUCACGACGAAAGGAGGAAUGUGACUUCCGCAUCCGCUUUACUUUUCGCGGGUCAGCACGAAACAGCCAGCGUUAAAUGUUAUUUCUAUGGGGAUAUGUCAAACACUGAGGUAUUCAGUACCUUUGUAGCUGACUUUCACUGUCUAGAAACUUUUGUUAACGUUGACAAAGAGUUUUAAACCCACCGUUUCUUGCGUGUUGACACGGCAGAGCAUUAAAGUCACCACAGUGUGACAGUCAGACACAAGCAUGUCACUGCUGUCCACGGUAGAACGAGCUAUCAAGUCCUGCAAAGCUGAACAAGCCAAGAUUAACGACAAUAUUCAACUCUACAGAGAACUACUACACACCCUAACACCGCAACCACAGACGGGCUCUGGUGAGUCAGAGUGUGCAGAUGAUGAUGCUACAGACACAGUUACCUCACCAGGGGAGAGAGGAGAUAUGGAACUGCUUGAGCGAGCCCUGGAGAAAGCCCUUCAGGUCCGCACUGGCACCGGAUCCUCUAAAAAAGACUCAAACAAGCAAUCUGCACAUCAAAAGGAACCUAGCACUACAGCUGUCACAUCCAAAGAGGGAAUGCAGACAUCUGUGGCUUGUAAAGGAAAUCUGACAACCACUAGAUUAACUUCCAGAUCUGCCAGUGUUGACAGAAAAGAGCACAAAAAGUCAGCUGGGAUUGCACAUCACCAGGCAGCAAGGAAGUCAAAGCAGGCUGUCUCAGCAUCUGGCUCUCUUGAUCGGGGUCAGUUACACAACUCAGCUCUCCACUCCAAAAACAAGAUUGUUAGAAACAAUGUGCUGAGUGGAAAUGAUUGGGGUAAAGCUGCAGCUAUACCCACUCCGUCAGACACCACAGUGCCUGUUUCACAUAGAGAAUCUGGAGCUCAAAGUUUACUUCGAGAGGACGGGAAAGCUUCUGAUCCAACAGCGAAAUGGAAAUCCCUAAGGAGCAAGCAGAACAGGUUAUGGGACAAAGUCGUUGCCCUACAAAGGAAACCUGCGCCUGGGAGGAGUCACUUCAUGGAGAGAAUGACAGCUACGUUCCCCAAGGAUUGGCCAUGUGGUUGCCCAGAUCACACCAGGGCUCUGGUUGACAGACUCACUCAACAAGGGCAUGACCUCACCCAGCACUGCCAGACAAAGGAGCUUCUGGCCAAACAGACGCCAGAAGCAGCCGCAGAGCCAGGUCGUAUGACAAAUAAAUAUGACUCAUCUCUGACACUUGAAAGGUUGCCAGUGACAGCAGCACAGCUCCAGACCUUUGCACACCAAGCAAAACAAGAGUGGGAAGCAUGGGAUCGAUGGAGGCCAGAGGGAGGUUGUCUUUGCCCCGCUGGGGCAAGUGGUGUGUGGGGAGAUGGGAUGAUUGCACCCCUGCCCCUGACUAUAACCUACACGACAGAGGCAGAGCUCAGAGAACUGGAAACGCUGAGGAUGAGGGUAGCACUGCUGCAACAGGAGAUUCACUUAGAGCAGGCUCUGUUGGACACUGUGUCCCCUCAGCUUUCGUCUAUAGCACCGGGGCCUGGAUGUCCCAACCUCAGUGUGCUGAGAGACAUCUACUCCCUGCUGGGUGAAGGAGGGCAGCGUUUCCCUGCCAUAGUCCUGGACUCUGAGCCUGACUGACUACAGAGCAUAUUACACUUAGUUACCAGUUUAUUAAAUACUCUGUCCACCUCCUUUUUACACACAUAAGAGGAAGAGAAUAUUACCUUUCAGUAUCUCAGUAUAAGGCAAUCCCCCUCUGACACUGUCAAUAAAACUAGAACAUAAGGCUCACAAACAUAAAAUGAAUAGACCCUUUUCACAGCAGACAUUUUGACCUGUCAUAGCAUGAAAAGCACAGGCCUUAUUAGUGUCACUAAUGAUGGCUCUGCUCUUUUCAAGAGUGCCAGUGAAUGUGACAGCGAGCCGGCAUGCACAAUACCAGGACCCUGAAAUCAAAGCGGCUAAAUAGAAUUAACCUCAUUAUGUACACCUGUGCUUUUCCUACUGUGACAUGUCAAAAUGUCCUCUGUUAAAAAAAAAAAAAAGAAAGGCCUAUUGCAAGACCAUUAUGUUGGUUGCUUUAGGCUGUACCUAAUUAAGUGGUAACUCAGUGUUGUUCUUUAAUCGAGGAUCAAGGUGAUUAUUGUGAAGAAUUCAUGUUUGUGUGUGUGUGUGUGUGUGUGUGUGUGUGUGUUGUGACUGUAUUUAUUCAGUGUCUGAUCCCAUACAGUAACGCAUGAAUGAAAAAAAGGAAAUUAUGUGGUUGUUUCUCAUUUUUCUUGAAUAAGGAAACAUUUAGUUUAGAUUUAGAACUUUGUUUUUUCAGUUUAGUUCAUCUUUUUUUUUUUUUUUUUUU